GACAGUCGUGGUGCUGGCCGCGUGAGUGUGCGUCGCGGUAGGCUCCAUGGGCAUCGUCAUGGUGGUUCCGUUCAUGACCAUGGGCUCAGUGCUGUUAAUUCCGGCGGGUCCGAUGGGGAGCGAUGAAGGGCGGUAGUUGUCAGUGCUGUUACCACCGUCGGCGGUCAUGUUGCCCAUGUCGGUUCCGUUGGCAAUAGGAGGCAGGAGACCGGUGCUGUUGACGGACAUAGGGUGGAACAGAGCCGUGGAAGUGCUGAUUUCGCUGACACUGUGGGGGUGGAGACUGCCGGUCGUGAUCGUGGUGAUGAUUGUGCUGAUGAUAACGCCAGGGCCGUCGGAAGAUGCGGUCGUGGUGACGGCAGGGUUGGAGGCUGCGGGUAGCACAGUGAUGGUGUACAUCUCAGUCGAGUUGCAGGGGAUGGUCACGAUCGACGAGUUAGCAUAAGAGUGCGAGGCAGUGAUACCAUCAACGCCACCAGUGGUACGAGUCAGAGUUCCGUUGAGAGUCGCGGUACUGGUGAUAGUAGUCUCAUGGCCAGUUGUGGUAGCGUUGGCAGUAGGAUACACAGUAACGACGUCAGUUGUCUCGUUGCAUGAUGUGUGACUGGAAGAGAUUCCAACGAUGUCGGUGUAUGUGACAGUCGUGCUAUAACCGAUAGAAACGGUCUCGGUGCUAACGGGGACAGGCGACGAAGUUGAAACCGACGAAGUGCUGGUCGAAGUGGGCACACCCCAGACAGUAGAGACGACAGUUGUAGUCACGGUAUCAGUCUCGUGUUCACCACAAGGCUCAGUCGACGAGGUAGAAGUCGCAGUAGAGCUU